GAAUCGGAGGUUAUCUCAAGAACUGUCGUUGCCACUGAAAUAGCUCGCUUACGAGAAGAUAACGAAUUUCUUGCUGGUGUUAACGCAGAAUUCAGUUCUGAAAAUAACGACUUGAAAGAAGAGGUUAACAAAUUAAAAACGAAACUCGAACAAUACCAGAUACGAUCAUCAUCUGAAAGCCUUGAUGUUAUUGAUGUUCCAGAAGAACGGUUAGCAAAACGGUUCAAAUCGGAUGGGUCAAAAAAAGUAAAGAAAACGGUACACUACGCCAAAAAUCAAUCAAAAGAAGAACAAGAAGAACAACGUGAAAAGGAGGCGAGAAUUGAAAUGAAAAUGAUCCUCAAAAUUAUUAAACCUAAUGACAAUUUGGAUGAUAACGAAACGUUUAAUAAUCCAAAAAAUGUUGAAAUUCGCAGUAGAUUAAUUCCCAAACUUCGAAGGGCGAUGUUUCCGAAUUAUAAACCUUCAGUAGCACAAUUGACGAACUGGUUGAGCGCCCUCCAUAAGUUGCGAAGAUCACAAACACAACUGAAAAAAAGUGGAAAAAGCGACGAGAACAGUCGCAGAGUUCACAACAACAGUCGCGUACAAAAUUAUGAUGAUGAAGUUCAACACUUCGACCGAAUGCACCCUGAAGAUGCUCCACAAUGGUCAUAUGUCAAGCAAGAGGAUUUUAUAUAUGAUACGGAAAUCGAUAGUAGAAGUGGUUUCGACGAAGAUGAAGACUAUGGUGAAGAAACGGAAGAGGUGUUAAUCGAUAGUCAAAAAAGUGCAGCCGGUAAUGAUUUAGCUAAAUGA